CCAGUACCGUUGCGAUCUUCAGGUGGCAAAACAGCUUCAUUCAAAAAUGUCAGAGAAUCCCGUGUCGGAGACUUGCAGAGAACGAAUAUUGGAGUCGGAAGUCUCCUCAUGUACUGGCAAGAAGCAGACACUCCUUUUCGACCGAUACACCAAUACAAUUACGUUAUUAGAGAUACCAAGCAGAAGCAAUUAUCUUGACUCCUUUGGACGACGUAGCACACUGCCAAUAACGUUCAAUCUGAAAGAGCUGCUUUGUGUACGAACGAGCCCGGCUUAUAUCAGAGGGGAAGUUCCAAUCAGAGGUGAUGCAACGGACUCGAAUGACUCUUCCCUUUGCUUCAUAUAUGCCUUCAAGAAAGACCAGAACUGCCUGCGGUUAAAACAGCUGCAAGUGAAAUUCAAAAGUGACCAGGAAAGAGAUGAAUGGAAAGGUGUACUAACCGCGGCGAUGAAAUGUAGUGAUCGACCUAAGAAUAUUGUUGUUUUCAUAAAUCCAUUCGGCGGCAUGGGUAAAGCUCUAUCGAUAUUUGAGCAAGAGGUGGAACCAAUUUUCAAACUUAUAGAGAGUCUUCACUAUGGAGUGCUCAUUACGCAAAGAGCAAAUCAUGCUCGGGAUUACAUAAUGGAGGAAAUGCCGGCGAAACAAUGGAACUCAGUGGACAGUCUCCUUUCUGUGGGAGGCGAUGGUUUAUUCAAUGAAGUUUUGUCUGGUGCUCUUAUUCGUACACAACAGGAAGCAGGGAUACCUUACGACAAGCCGGAGCAUUUGUUUUGGGAAGCCCCUCACGUGCGUUUUGGAAUUAUUGGCGCCGGUUCAACGAAUUCCAUCGCAAGAACAGUACACGGAAUCCAUGACCCUACCACGGCGGCGCUUCAUAUUGUUUUAGGUUUGGAACGCAAGAUGGAUAUAUGCUCAGUUCAUGGGGACAACCAUUUGCUGCGAAUUUCCGCUAAUGCCAUAGCAUACUGCUGGACAGGAGAUCUUUUGCGAGAUUCUGAACGGUACAGAUACUUGGGCCCAGCCAGAUAUGAACUAAGCGCUGUGCGUACAACUCUGCGUCAUCCAACCUACAAGGGAAAGGUUUCGUUCUCAUUGUCACCCGAGGAAGCAGAGAAUUCGAAUCAAUCUCCAUGUCUUCCUCCGUGCAAAGAGUGCGAAUCUUCUUUAGGCUCUAAUCAUCAGAAGGUAUUCCACUCCCAGUAUGACCAUCACUGGCAUAAUGAAUUUACUCACAUCAUUUGUUAUGUGAUUCCAACAUAUAUAUCGUAUUUUCCUUAUCCACUGGCUCCAUCCACAGGAGUUGAUGAUGGAACUCUCGAUCUUAUUUUGGUUCCAAAAAUCUCUAGGUUGCAUAAUGUACAAUUCAUGAAAAAUCUCGCUAUUUAUGGAGGGAAAGAGGUAGUUAAACUUGACUGGGCCACCCAGUAUUUUCGAGUGCAUAGAUGGUCUUUUGAACCGGAUGAUAACGAAGCAGAUACUGGAGUGUGGAAUGUAGACGGCGAAAUUCUGGAGCAACCCAAAAAUACCGCUUUGCACUUCAGGUUGCAUCCUCGACUGAUCAACAUUUUUGGCCACGAGUCAUCCACAAAUCUUGAGAGUGAGGGCUGCAUAGAAGAUGAGAGAUUCUGAUUCUCUCAUGCUCUGAAAUUGGAUAGAAAAUGAGAUCAACUUGAUCUAAACAUUCUGUACAAAACGAUGUUUGGUAUUGUGUUUUACCUCACAUUGCCUUCAAAGAAACGCAAAAGCAGAGUCGGUAGACUUCGAGCUAAAAUCUCCGCGUUA